AUGUCUGGAGACAAACCUGUUGUGUUCGACAAAAACACUGUGAUCACCGUUUUCGGCGCGUCCGGUGACCUAGCGAAGAAGAAGACGUUCCCCGCGUUAUUUGGUCUCUUCAGAGAGGGGUACCUGGACCCGAGCACCAAGAUAUUCGGGUACGCCCGUUCUAAUCUGUCCGUGGAUGAGUUGAAGGAGCGGAUCACCCCGCAUUUGAAGAAGCCGAACGGCGCUGCAGACGACCGGAAAGUAGACCAGUUCUUCAAGAUGCUGGACUACGUUGCCGGUGCGUACGACCAGGACGAUGGGUACAGCAAGUUGAAGCAGCAGAUCGAGGAAUUUGAGGCAGAGAGAGGUGUCAAGGAAUCGCACCGCUUGUUCUACUUCGCUUUGCCACCGGGUGUCUUUUUGGACGUUGCAAAGCAGAUUAAGAAAGUUGUGUACGCGGAGGACGGUGUCACAAGGGUGAUCGUCGAGAAACCGUUCGGCCAUGACUUGGAGUCCGCAAGGGCUCUGCAGAACAAUUUGGCGCCGCUGUUCAAAGAGGAGGAGAUCUUUAGAAUUGACCACUACUUGGGGAAAGAGCUUGUCAAGAACAUAUUGCCCCUGAGGUUUGGUAACAAGCUUCUGUACUCCUCGUGGAACAGACAACGCAUUCAGAAUAUCCAGAUUUCGUUUAAGGAAGCCUUCGGUACCGAGGGCCGUGGUGGGUACUUCGAUAACAUCGGUAUCAUCCGGGAUGUCAUGCAGAACCACAUGCUGCAAGUGCUGACUUUAUUGACUAUGGAGAGACCAGUUUCCUUCGAGGCGGAGGCUGUCAGAGACGAAAAAGUUAAAGUGUUGAAGUCCAUGGCCCCUAUAGACCACAAUAAUAUCCUGAUAGGGCAAUACGGGAAGUCGGAGGACGGAACGAAACCAUCGUAUCUGGACGAUAAAACGGUAGACCCGAACAGCAAAUGUAUCACUUUUGCUGCAAUGGCAUUCAAUAUUCAAAACGAACGGUGGGACGGUGUCCCAAUAGUAAUGAGAGCCGGUAAGGCCCUAAACGAAAGCAAAGUUGAAAUCAGAAUCCAAUACAGAGGCGCUGAAUCCGGCGUGUUCGCUGACAUCCCAAACAACGAACUGGUGAUCAGAAUCCAGCCGAACGAGGCAGUCUACAUGAAGUCAAACGCCAAAGUCCCAGGUCUAUCUAACGAAACACAGGUGACAGAACUCGAUUUGACGUACUCCACUAGAUAUAAAGAUUUCUGGAUACCAGAAGCUUACGAAGCUUUAAUUAGGGACACCCUAUUGGGAGACCAUUCCAACUUUGUCAGAGACGACGAACUGGAUGUCUCGUGGUCCUUGUUCACACCGCUGUUGAACUACUUGGAGAGCCCGGAAGGCCCUAAACCGGAAAUUUACCCAUACGGCUCUAGAGGUCCAAAGGGUUUAGUCGACUACAUGAAGAAAAACGACUACCGUUAUACGGAACAGUCGUAUACUUGGCCCGUCACCAGCGCCAACCCCAAGAAAUGA